GGAAGGCAGAGGUGGGAACAGUGGGAAAGGAGGGAUUAGAGGCAUAGGGGUAGGAUAGAGGGGCUGGGACACGGGCCUUUUCAAGGGGGCUGAGGGGAAGAUGAUGGAGGGGAAAGCGCGUCAGAAAGGGAUGAGAAGGGAGGACUGAGUUUGGGGAAAGGCUGCAGAAAUGGUUUGGAUUUGGGAGCAGAGUGAGGAAGAAAUUACCAAGGAAGUAGAGGCAUGGUCUUGGGAGAGGGUAGGGGGGAAAUGAAAACACAGGCGGCAUGAGAGACCAAGAAGGUGGGAAGGGAAUUUGGUGAGGGGCUCAGGGUGGUAGGACUUAGGAAAAGAGAGGAGGAUGGAGGGAGGGAAGGGGCCAGAUGGAGAAAGAAGGUGGCAGUGGGGGGGUGUGGGGGGUCCAGAUGGAGGGAAGAGAGGAGAGAGAAAAAGGAUUGGGGGAGGGGACACCAGAGAAGGGGGAGGAUCAAGUGGUUUUUUUUUUUUUGGUUUGGGGGGGGGGAUGCAAGUAAGAUUGAGGGGUGGGGACAAGGGCCAGAUAAAAAUCCUGAGGGUAACUGGCCCUCAUUAGGACUCUGGAGAAGUGAGAUGCAAUCCCUGAGUCUCAUUUGCUUUCUUAAUCGCUUUGACCCCUUCCCCCACCCCACCUCUUCUUUCCAGUCCCCCUCCCUGCCUCUGCUGUCCAUCACUUAUAUCUUUCCCCCCAUAUGGUGUCCGUUUCUUAUAUGAGUCCCCCUUCUGUUCUUCCCCUGUAUUGGUCCCUAUCUCAUAUCUCUUCUCUUUCCCUCCCUCUCUUCUAAUAACUACCUUAAUACACCACUGCUGCUCCUGGGCCCCGUGUCUCAGAUCCCCUGACAGGUCUCUCUCACUCCCUCUGCCCCAUGUUGGCUGAAACCUUCUGGUCCAUUCCCUUGCCCUAGGCAAGCAACCACCAUCUUUACCAUCUUCCUUUUCUCUUAGGUUCACGCUGUUACUUGUCCCUCAGCUCACCCUCUGUUUCCUAUCCCACUUCCCAUCUUGUCACAUGGUCUGUGCUUAUUUCCUCUUAUUCCCCAACCUGGUGAUUCCUCUCUUCUUGUCCCCUCUGCUUCCUGGGGUGAUAGAGAUUGGGGGGGGGGGUUACCAAAACACAGGUUUUGAUCGUUGGAACAGGGCUCUAAGGAAUUCCCCCAUCUUGGACCCUUGUGGAACUUCUCAUUCCAGUAAAAAUUUCCCAUUUCCCUGUCCUCUGCCAUGUUCCAUUGCUUCCUAGGGUCAUUAGUAUUCUUAACUAUAGAAUCUCUCUGUGUGUGUGUGUGUGUGUGUGUGUGUGUGUGUGUGUGUGUUGUACCUAAGCUAAGAUUCCCUGUGUCCCUUUCCUGUUCCCAGUAGAACAGUGUCCCUUGAGGUCUAUCCUGCUUGCCCAGCUGCAGCCUAGAGCAGCUCCUCUGUUGUGUUUUGGUUAUAUGUAUUAACAGAUUUUUCCCCUGGAUACACCAUGCGUUGAGAUGUACUAGGCCUCAAGUGUUUGUGAUCUAAGUUAUGGAAGGUUGUUGUUGCUAUUGUUGUGCUGGGGCUUUGAAUCCUAGUGGGGUUUUUUUUGUUGUUGUUGGUUUUUGAGUUUUUUGUUGUCAUUAUUGUUUUGGUUUUUUUCCCCGACCACUGAGCUAUAAUGACCAACCCUGUCAGUGACCUUUGAUAUUUAGAAAAUAUGAGUAGAGUUUCCAAGAAAGCAUCGAGACAGUGAAAUUUUGAAAGCAUUGUGAGGUCUAGGCACAAUUCCCAGGUGUUUAUCUUUCUGUCUGACCUGCAAUUUGGGUAAAUUUGAGAAUGGUGGCCAUCAUCAGUAAGGGGAUGGAGUUUCCUAAAGUUACUCUAGGGCCUGGAAUGAAGCUCAAAGGCCAGUUCUCCUGAAACAUGCCCAAGUUAAUUACCCUGCACAGGUGAUAGCCCUGGACUUUUCUUCCUGUGAACAUCCUCCAGUUGAUCCCUUAAGCCUAGUUUUAUCACUCCAAUAUCACCAAUCUAACUCUUCUGACUCCCUGAAGGCCUUUCCUUCACUGUGUCCCCAUAAAUGGUAUGUGGCAACGAUGCUAUCGAGACAGCAAAGAUGGAGCACCUGAGUGUGCAUAACUGUUGAUCCCAUUUUUUUUUUUCUGGAAAUUUGUUUAUUGUCAGAUUUCAUCUUGGGAAGUUCCUCUGACAUGAGGUGUGGCUGUUCCACUCUUUCCUCCACUCUUUCUAAGUUCCUCAAUGUGCCCAGUGACAGCCAGGUGCGGCUGUCAGCUUGUAGAGUUGGCUCCUCCCUAUCUAUGAAGAUUGGGUGGGAAGAGGAGGGCUGACUCCGGAGCCUGCUGUGGACAGAGAGGCCAGACCAGUCUUUGGUCAUCGGAGCAGAUCCCUGAUCCCUGCACAGCCAGAUGCAAAGACGAGCUACCUUCCCCUUGAUGUACGGGGACCCCCUAUGCACCGAACCCAAUACGUUCAUUCCCCGUACGAUCGUCCUGGCUGGAACCCUCGGUUCUGCAUCAUCUCGGGGAACCAGCUGCUCAUGCUGGAUGAGGAUGAGAUACACCCCCUUCUGAUCCGCGACCGGAGGAGCGAGUCCAGCCGAAACAAACUGCUGAGACGCACCGUCUCUGUGCCAGUGGAGGGGCGGCCCCACGGCGAGCAUGAAUACCACUUGGGUCGCUCGAGGAGGAAGAGUGUCCCAGGGGGGAAACAGUACAGCAUGGAGGCCGCCCCCGCUGCGCCCUUCCGGCCCUCGCAAGGCUUCCUGAGCCGGAGGCUAAAAAGCUCUAUCAAACGUACAAAGUCACAACCCAAACUUGACCGGACCAGCAGCUUUCGACAGAUCCUGCCUCGCUUCCGAAGUGCUGACCAUGACCGGGCCCGGCUGAUGCAGAGCUUCAAGGAGUCACAUUCCCACGAGUCCCUGCUGAGUCCCAGUAGUGCUGCUGAGGCCUUGGAGCUCAACCUGGAUGAAGACUCCAUUAUCAAGCCAGUACACAGCUCCAUCCUGGGUCAGGAGUUCUGCUUUGAGGUAACAACAUCAUCUGGAACAAAAUGCUUUGCCUGUCGGUCUGCAGCUGAAAGGGACAAAUGGAUUGAGAAUCUGCAGAGGGCUGUAAAACCCAACAAGGACAACAGCCGCCGAGUAGAUAACGUGCUGAAGCUAUGGAUCAUAGAGGCUCGAGAGCUGCCCCCCAAGAAGAGAUAUUACUGUGAGCUGUGCCUGGACGACAUGCUGUAUGCACGAACCACCUCCAAGCCCCGCUCGGCUUCAGGAGACACCGUCUUUUGGGGCGAGCACUUUGAGUUUAACAACCUGCCUGCCGUCCGGGCCCUUCGGCUGCAUCUGUACCGUGACUCAGACAAAAAGCGGAAGAAGGACAAGGCUGGCUACGUUGGCCUGGUGACUGUUCCAGUGGCCACCCUAGCUGGGCGCCACUUCACAGAGCAGUGGUACCCCGUGACCUUGCCGACAGGCAGUGGGGGCUCUGGGGGCAUGGGCUCGGGGGGAGGAGGAGGGUCAGGGGGUGGCUCAGGGGGCAAAGGGAAAGGAGGUUGUCCUGCUGUGAGACUGAAAGCCCGUUACCAGACGAUGAGCAUCCUGCCCAUGGAGCUGUAUAAGGAGUUUGCAGAGUAUGUGACCAACCAUUACCGGAUGCUAUGUGCAGUGCUGGAGCCUGCCCUGAAUGUCAAAGGCAAGGAAGAGGUGGCCAGUGCACUGGUUCACAUCCUGCAGAGCACAGGCAAGGCCAAGGACUUCCUUUCAGACAUGGCCAUGUCAGAGGUAGACCGAUUCAUGGAGCGGGAACACCUCAUAUUCCGAGAGAACACGCUCGCCACUAAAGCCAUAGAAGAGUAUAUGAGACUGAUUGGCCAGAAAUACCUCAAGGAUGCCAUUGGGGAGUUCAUUCGUGCUCUGUAUGAAUCUGAGGAGAACUGUGAAGUAGACCCCAUCAAGUGCACAGCGUCCAGUCUGGCAGAGCACCAGGCCAACCUGCGGAUGUGCUGUGAGUUGGCCCUGUGCAAGGUGGUCAACUCCCAUUGCGUGUUCCCGAGGGAGCUGAAGGAGGUGUUUGCAUCUUGGCGGCUGCGCUGCGCAGAGCGGGGCCGAGAGGACAUUGCUGACAGGCUGAUCAGCGCCUCGCUCUUCCUGCGCUUCCUCUGCCCGGCCAUUAUGUCGCCCAGUCUAUUUGGGCUUAUGCAGGAGUACCCAGAUGAGCAGACCUCACGAACCCUCACCCUCAUCGCCAAGGUCAUCCAGAACCUGGCCAACUUUUCCAAGUUUACCUCAAAGGAGGACUUCCUGGGCUUCAUGAAUGAGUUUCUGGAGCUGGAGUGGGGCUCUAUGCAGCAGUUCUUGUAUGAGAUAUCCAACCUGGACACCUUGACCAACAGCAGCAGUUUUGAGGGCUAUAUAGACUUGGGCCGCGAGCUCUCCACACUUCACGCCCUGCUCUGGGAGGUGCUGCCCCAGCUCAGCAAGGAAGCCCUCCUGAAGCUGGGCCCACUGCCCCGGCUCCUCAAUGACAUCAGCACAGCCCUGAGGAACCCUAACAUCCAAAGGCAGCCAAGCCGCCAGAGUGAACGGACUCGGUCUCAGCCCAUGGUGCUGCGAGGGCCAUCAGCCGAGAUGCAGGGCUACAUGAUGCGGGACCUCAAUAGCUCCAUCGACCUUCAAUCCUUCAUGGCUCGAGGCCUCAACAGCUCUAUGGACAUGGCUCGCCUCCCCUCCCCAACCAAGGAAAAACCACCACCACCACCACCCGGUGGGGGUAAAGACCUUUUCUAUGUGAGCCGGCCACCACUGGCCCGGUCCUCCCCAGCAUACUGCACGAGCAGCUCGGACAUCACAGAGCCAGAGCAGAAGAUGCUGAGUGUCAACAAGAGUGUGUCCAUGCUGGACCUUCAGGGCGACGGGCCUGGAGGUCGCCUUAACAGUAGCAGUGUUUCCAACCUGGCAGCUGUUGGGGACUUGUUGCAUUCCAGCCAGGCCUCGCUGACAGCAGCUUUGGGGUUGCGGCCUGCACCUGCCGGGCGCCUCUCCCAGGGGAGUGGCUCUUCCAUCACAGCAGCUGGCAUGCGCCUCAGCCAGAUGGGGGUCACUACAGAUGGUGUCCCCGCCCAGCAACUGCGCAUCCCCCUUUCCUUCCAGAACCCUCUCUUCCAUAUGGCUGCUGAUGGGCCAGGGCCCCCAGCAGGCCAUGGAGGGAGCAGUGGUCAUGGUCCACCUUCCUCCCAUCACCACCACCACCACCAUCACCACCACCGAGGGGGAGAACCCCCAGGGGACACUUUUGCCCCAUUCCAUGGCUAUAGCAAGAGCGAGGACCUCUCUUCAGGGGUCCCUAAGCCCCCCGCCGCCUCCAUCCUUCACAGCCACAGCUACAGCGACGAGUUUGGACCCUCUGGCACUGAUUUUACCCGCCGGCAGCUCUCGCUUCAGGACAGUCUACAGCACAUGCUCUCCCCUCCCCAGAUUACCAUCGGUCCCCAGAGGCCAGCUCCCUCAGGGCCGGGAGGGGGCAGCGGCGGGGGCAGCGGUGGGGGCCAGCCACCCCCCUUGCAGAGGGGCAAGUCUCAACAGUUGACAGUGAGUGCCGCCCAGAAACCUCGGCCGUCUAGCGGGAACCUGUUGCAGUCCCCGGAGCCAAGCUACGGACCUGCCCGUCCUCGGCAGCAGAGCCUCAGCAAAGAGGGCAGCAUUGGGGGCAGCGGGGGCAGCGGGGGCGGAGGGGGUGGGGGGCUCAAGCCCUCCAUCACCAAGCAGCAUUCCCAGACUCCAUCCACGCUUAACCCCACAAUGCCAGCCUCGGAGCGGACCGUAGCCUGGGUCUCCAACAUGCCUCACCUGUCGGCUGACAUCGAGAGUGCACACAUCGAGCGAGAAGAGUACAAGCUCAAGGAGUACUCCAAGUCCAUGGACGAAAGCCGGCUGGACAGGGUGAAGGAGUAUGAGGAGGAGAUACAUUCGCUGAAGGAGAGGCUACACAUGUCCAACCGGAAGCUGGAAGAGUAUGAGCGGAGGUUGCUGUCCCAGGAAGAACAGACCAGCAAGAUCCUGAUGCAGUACCAAGCCCGCCUGGAGCAGAGUGAGAAGCGCUUGAGACAGCAGCAGGUGGAGAAGGACUCCCAGAUCAAGAGCAUCAUUGGCAGGCUGAUGCUGGUGGAGGAGGAGCUGCGUCGGGACCACCCCGCCAUGGCUGAGCCGCUGCCUGAGCCCAAGAAGAGGCUGCUCGACGCUCAGGUGGAAAUUACAAUGUCAUUUAUCUUCUCCGUGUCCCAUCCCCAUCCAUCCCACCGUCUCUGUGCACUCACCGCACCAGCCGCGCCGCCCUGGCCCCAUCACCGUCUGUCUGUCUCCUGUUGUCCUGUCUGUCUAUUCAUCUGCAUCCCGUUGUCUGUGCCUCCGUCACUCCUGGCAGAGCCAGCCUUACUCCUGUGCCUUCCUGUCCUGUCUUCCCACUCUUGCCUGCAUCUCAGGACCGCCUGCCACCAGAGCCUCAGCCUCUCAGCUCCCCUGCCUCCUCCCAGCCCACUCCUGUCUGUUCCUUCAGCUCUUCUUAGCCAGAAGGCUGAAGGUUCUCCUGGAUAGAACGGAGCAUACUGUAAUCUGAGCUGUCAUUUAUCUAGCCCUGGGUACCCUAGAGACUCAAGGUUCUCUUGACUCUUGACUCUUCAGAUCCAAAAGGCCUCUCCUGGAGACCCCUUUCCAUAGUUGAAGUUCAACUUCCCUUUGACCUGUGGUGUUUCCCGAGGCUACUGUCUAACUCCUUGUGGCCACCCUCUCUGCUCCUCAGCCAGCUUCCAGGCCUUUCUGCACCCUGGCCCCUGCUUCCCUCAGAUCCUGCUCUUUCCUAUCCAUACUCCUCCUCCCUUUGCUCUAACCACCAGGCAUCCCUGCCACCACCACCAAGCUUCCUGACCCCAUGACCCCACUCUCUCCCCCUGCAGCUCCUCAUCAGGUAAUUCUCCUGGUUCCGCUUUGACCACGGGCGGAGGACACUGGGGGAGGUGACUCCGGACCACUGCAGGUUGGUGGUGAAGCCCACCCCCUCCAACUCUCUGGAGCCUCUCCCCUCUCACUGCUGUGCACCACACCCAGAGACCCUCCACAGACCCCUCCCUCCCGACACCUCCUGCACAGACCCCUUCCCAAGGUACAACCAGAGCUCACCUGCUGACACCCCACACCUACCCUUUGAUGCCUAGUAGUACCAAAUUGGACCCUUAGAAAGACCAAGCAGAGUUACAGGCUUCCCAGUUCUCUCCAGACUGGCCCACCAGCCACCUCCUGGCACCACCCUCCUUUCCUCUACCUAUCCAGUGUCUGUCUGUCACCCCCCAUUUCACCAGAGCGUCCUUGGGAGCUGGGAUGUUGGAGUGGGUGGGACAGGGUGGAGGGAUACUGCGCUGGGGCCAGGCUAGAGAGCUGUGCUGACUCCAGCAGGUAGGUCAGGUUCCUGCUUCCUCUCCUGAUCCCUCACCCCCUCCUGCUGUGGCCUUCUUUGCUCCUUCUCCUUUGCACCUGUGAGGCAGAAGGAAUCUGAGGCCUCCUUAGUUCUGCUGGGCGGAAGCCCUGGAAGAGCUGCUGUUGAGAUGUCCUGGCAGUGACAGAGCAGGCAGCACAGGCGAGCACAGGUCCUGGGCAGAUUUGAGGCCGGACUGUGAGUCACAAGUGAGGGAAAACUGCUCCCUAGAAUGUAUUCAGGGGCUCAGUCGCCAGAUUUAGUACCAGGCAGGGACACCAGGAACAGCAUGUUAAAUAGCCUCUUCUGGCAGAGCCCAAGUUGCUGUUGGUAAUGCCACUCAUCUCUCCCACUGCCGCCCAGGAGCCUUUCAGGACACAUAUCCUACCUAAAAGCCAGUGAAUAGGGAGCUGUCGGGUCCACCUGUCCCGAGGCACGUUUCUGUGGGAAGGAUCUGUGGUGGGCAGUGGCUCCACAGUGUAAUUUUUACUCUCUGCCUGCCCGGCCUCUGUCACAGUUGUCAGUGAUCUGUAAAUAAAUGCUGAGAGACACCAAGGAGCCUCACCAUUUAAAGAGGACUCCUGCAGUGAAUUCUUUUGUAAAA